CAUUUGCAAUGUAGGCGGACGCAAUCGACGACAAUUUAAUGUUUCCUCGUGUUUUUCUUUUUUUGCGAGAAAAAAAGGGUUUUGUUACAUAAACCGGAAAUGAUCUUCUUCCGGAGAUUUCUCAUUGGAUCUUCACUCACCCUGACGGGUUUCCUGGCUGGAUCGUACGUUGAGCGAAGGAGAAGGGAACCAUGUUCACAACAAACCCAACAAACGCUUCCUGGUCUAUUUGAUGCAGUUUAUGCAGCCACUCCUACCUCCCUGCCUGACGUAGUUCCAGCUAAAGGAAUAAGCACAAACAGGGUGUCACAGAUUAUGAAAUACGGAUUUCCAGGAUUCGAUCAGAUUCGUUCCUUUGAUGACUUUGUCCUCUCCUACGAUCGCCGGAAUAGGGUAGCUCAUUGGGUGUUUGAGCACCUCACGCAGGAAACAGUGAAGCACAACCCAGAUGUGGAUAGGGCUAAAUGUGAUUUCAAGCCAGACGACACCGUUCAUCCGUUCUUCCGUUCUGAGAACAGCGACUACAAGCAUUCUGGCUUCGAUCGAGGACACCUGGCGGCAGCGGGAAAUCACAAAGCCAAUCAGAAGCACUGCGAGGAUACCUUCUUCCUCAGCAAUAUGGCACCACAGGUGGGUAGUGGCUUCAACAGGGAUGCCUGGAAUAAGCUGGAGAAGUACGUGAGGAAGCUCACGAAGAAAUUCGUCAAUGUCUAUUGCUGCACGGGGCCCCUCUACCUCCCACGCAAGGAAGCCGAUGGGAAAACCUACGUGAAGUACCAGGUGAUUGGGACAAACAACGUAGCAGUUCCCACGCACUUCUUCAAAGUGGUCGUGUGCGAGAGGAGCGACGGGAAGAUGGAAAUGGAGGCUUUUGUGAUGCCCAAUCAGGUGAUCAACAAUGAAACACCCCUCACGAUGUUCCAAGUACCACCGGAAACGAUAGAAAGGGCCGCGGGACUCUUGUUCUUCAGUCAAGUCAAUAGGAAACAUUUAGUCAGCAUCAAUGGGAAGAGUCCCUGAAUGCCCCCUAAAUCCCCUCCUGACUGAGCACAGACUGCAAUUGAGACUCUUCCUGGCAUAUGAUGUGCAAUAGCAUCGUUUUAGUGAAUUUUAUGUAAUUUGUACAUAUGUAGUUUCUGUAAUAAAUUUUUAAUUUUUA